GAAAAGUUUGAACAGUCUGCAAGGGCAAGAGCGGAGCUCGAAACCCGGCAGCGGGAGAGGAAGAUGCACAGCCCCAGGUCAGAGCCCCAGGCCCAGGGGACCCCGAGCCUCCCCCAGAGCACAAGGAGCGGCCUCAGCGGCAGCCGCCUGCUCCGGUAGCUGUCCGUUCAGCCCGCGGCUAGGAAGGAGGGAGCCCGGACCUACGCUCCGCUCCACCUGCGCGCGUGGCCGCACACCUGGACGCUGACUUGCCGCUCCAGACCUGCGGACUCUGCAAAGCUGAGACUCGCCUUUGAAAGAAGGAGAGGGUAAAGCAAACAAGACACCCGAGACUCAUCUUCCCUUGAGCCUCGCUUGCUUUCUAAGCUUUUUGAAAGCUCGAUCCACUGACCUCAGUUCCGGAAAGUUGGCAGUCUCCGAGAGCCGGUUCCGAGGGGAGCAAAGGCUUGACAAGUUCCGCACUGAGUGGGAAGAGACUGAUGGCCGAGGUUAGAGGCAGAUCCAGAUCGUCUGAGGCCUGAGCCUCGGGGCGCACCGAGCUCCUAACCCCACCCUACAGACCGAACCGUGAGCCCCAAAGCUGUGUGCUACUGAACACCAUCAUGUCCAGUCCCGGGGUCAAUGCAUCCUUCUCCUCCACUUCGGAGAGGCUGAACAGCCCAGUGACCAUUCCGGCUGUGAUGUUCAUCUUCGGGGUCGUGGGCAACCUGGUGGCCAUCGUAGUGCUGUGCAAAUCGCGCAAAGAGCAGAAGGAGACGACCUUCUACACUCUGGUAUGUGGGCUGGCUGUCACUGACCUACUAGGCACGUUGCUGGUAAGCCCAGUGACCAUCGCCACAUACAUGAAGGGCCAAUGGCCCGGGGACCAGGCACUGUGUGACUACAGCACCUUCAUCCUACUCUUCUUUGGCCUGUCGGGUCUCAGCAUCAUCUGUGCCAUGAGCAUUGAGCGCUACCUGGCCAUCAACCACGCCUACUUCUACAGCCACUACGUGGACAAGCGGCUGGCCGGCCUCACCCUCUUCGCGGUUUAUGCAUCUAACGUGCUGUUCUGCGCACUGCCCAACAUGGGCCUGGGCAGGUCUGAGCGACAGUACCCCGGCACCUGGUGCUUCAUCGACUGGACCACCAACGUAACGGCCUACGCCGCCUUCUCUUACAUGUACGCGGGCUUCAGCUCCUUCCUCAUCCUCGCCACCGUGCUCUGCAAUGUGCUGGUGUGCGGCGCGCUGCUCCGCAUGCACCGCCAGUUCAUGCGCCGCACCUCGCUGGGCACCGAGCAGCACCACGCGGCCGCCGCGGUCGCAGUGGCUUCGGCAGCCUGUCGGGGCCACGCGGCCGCUUCUCCAGCACUGCAGCGCCUCAGCGACUUUCGCCGCCGCAGGAGCUUCCGGCGCAUCGCGGGCGCGGAGAUCCAGAUGGUCAUCUUACUCAUCGCCACCUCCCUGGUGGUGCUCAUCUGCUCCAUUCCGCUCGUGGUGCGAGUGUUCAUCAACCAGUUAUAUCAGCCAAGUGUGGUGAAGGACAUCAGCAGAAACCCCGAUUUGCAGGCCAUCAGAAUUGCCUCCGUGAACCCCAUUCUGGACCCGUGGAUCUAUAUCCUUCUGCGGAAGACUGUACUCAGUAAAGCCAUAGAGAAGGUCAAGUGCCUCUUCUGCCGCAUAGGCGGGUCCGGCAGAGAUGGGUCGGCACAGCACUGCUCGGAGAGUCGGAGGACUUCUUCGGCCAUGUCGAGCCACUCUCGCUCCUUCCUCUCUCGGGAACUGAGGGAGAUCAGCAGCACAUCUCAGACUCUCCUCUACCUGCCAGACCUAACUGAAAGCAGCCUCGGAGGCAGGAAUUUGCUUCCGGGUGUGCAGGGCAUGGGCCUGACCCAAGCAGACACCACCUCGCUGAGAACUUUGCGAAUAUCGGAGACCUCGGACUCCUCCCAGGGCCAGGACUCAGAGAGUGUCUUGCUGGUGGAUGGGGUCGGUGCGAGCGGCAGGGAAGAACCUGCCUCUAAAGGAAACUCUCUGCAAGUCACCUUCCCCAGUGAAACGCUGAACUUAUCUGAAAAAUGCAUAUAGUAGUUAAAGGGUUCGGGGGAGCAUUGUCUUGGGAACUUGAUGAAAUCCUGUGCAAUAGACAUACACGUGUUUAGCUGUACUCAGAAGGGCUGUCUUCAUCUGUGACUCCUAGUAGAGACCAUUCGAGCAUGAAUACUCUCCAGUGCGGCAGAUGAGUCCCUUGAGUGCCCAGGUCUGAAGCAUGCUGGCAGCCACUCUGAUGUGACUGGCACGUUGCAGCUUUUUCCUACUGGAUAGGAAAAUGGCAAAAGCUAUGCUAUUUCCGUAACAUCCGACCUUUCGAUUGGGCACAUACCCGAGGUCCGGAUACUGGAAGGGCUCUACCCCAAACUCUAAGGACUAUCUUACAUUUGAUUUAAGUGUCUCACUAAAGCAUGAAAUGUGAAUUUUUAUUGUUGGAAAUGUAAUUUAAGGUAUUUAUGUUCUUCUCUGUGAGAAGGUUUAUUGUUAAUACAAGGUAUAAGAAAAUUAUGAUAAGCCCUCUCCUGCCAAUAUAACCAGCUAAUAUUGUCAAUAUUAUUUUUUUCACUAAACAAGCCAGGCCAAAGUAUUGAAAAGAGUGAAACUAAUAUCUAUAAAAUAGAUAUAAAUUUUUAAGAGUUUAGUACUAUCAAAAGAAAAAUAUUAUUUAAGAUGUGAAAAUUAAACAAUCUAAAAUAUAUUUUCCAAGCUAUCUAUAAUAAUGAAAAAUUAGAAACAUAUUUUAUUUAUCCAGGAAACUGUGAUUCAGGAGUACAUAACAUUGCUGGUAAAUAUCUCCAACCUUCGUCCCCACUGAUUGGUAUUUUUAAAGUUGUAACAUACAUUUUUAAAGUCUCUAGCUACCCAUCAUUGAAGUGUGUAAUAUAAGAAGUCCAAGUAGCUUGUUCUGUCCUGAAAGCCUGUGUAGUUUUACUUGCCAUCAGAAUGUCUGACAGCAUCCUUUCUGAUUUAAAGAGGAAGACGGCUCUCUGGUGUGGUCCCCACUGUGUGGUGUGUGCCAAGAGACACUGACAGUCUUCUGUGACACCCAGUAAUACUGUCCCUGUGUUUGGAGGCGCUUUCUUUCUCAGAGAAACAGUAAUACUGUCCCUGUGUUUGGAGGCGCUUUCUUUCUCAGAGAAACAGUAAGCAUGUUUUGUUGCUUAACGUGUUCUUGUGAACUGCUUGGUUGUGACUGAAUACUGAGCCUGAUACUGAUAAGGGUUAACGAGUAGUUGAACCGACUGAAAUUAUUCUGGAUAUUACAAUAAAUAAUUGCAUUCCAUCUGA